UCGAGAUCGUCCGGGAAGAAUGGUAAAUGGUUAAUCUAUCUUUAAACAUUCAACAUUUCCUACCUGCGCAGACUUUUCAUCGUUACGUAAGACUUGUUGAUUGAUGUACUAUAUCUUUGCAAAUCUUCAAAUAGUAUUAACAUAUACUAAUCAUUCAAUAAUAACACAUAUAAUUCUUUCGAAUGAUUAAAUAGCAUUAUAAUUUCAGAAUUAUUCGUCUCUUUCAGAACUGACGACGUUCGAUGCAUCCAUUGAUUUCUUCUGACCCCGACGACUUCAGAUCGGAAAUCGAGCGCCGAUGAAUCGAGCGGUGUAAACAAUAUGCUAUCGCCUGCUGAGCUCGAGGUGCUGCACGAGCCUCAAGGUCCCGAAGCGAUCGGCAGGAAUGAAAAAAGGAGUUGUUAAUGGAAGUGGAGUUCCAUCGGAUCGCAAGCUGGGCGCAAGGCUUGCUAUAAGGCCAAUCAGUUGGGGGAAUUAUGCAGAUUGUAGGUUGGAAUCCAUCUGUUGAUGGGGCAUGCUCGAACCUACGUGAGUUCAUCCAACAGCGCGCCAGGGACCAACUGCCCAUCAGUUCUGCUGCUGUCGGUUUCGUUGCGAACGAAAGGUUUGUCUUUCCUCUCUCUCUCUCUCUCUCUCUCUCCUCUCGUCCUUUUCGUGCUCGUGCAGUACGCGAAACGGGACAGGCAAGGGAACGGGAAGGCAAGAGGAAGAUGGAGGAAGCUUGAUCAUUUCCGUGGAAUUACGGGGCUGCGAACGGUACAGAGUUACCUUAGAGAGAAGAAGAGGAGUUGAAUCGAGUUAAUGAAAAUCGCGACGCGCGAGCUAUGGCACGCGGCUGUUAGCCUGGAAUGCUGAAAUCGUUCCUCGAGCUUUUUACAGUCGAGGCUUUACGACUGAACUUUGAACUUCUAUCUUCUGCGUCAGAAGAGAAACGAUCCCCGAUUCCGGGCGAUGUUCCGGAUACAGGUUUUUCUUGGUAAUUAAACGGCCAGCUGCUGCCAAGCACAACUGGAACCUUUUACAACCAACCGUGGAAUUUAAUAUAUCGUAAUCAAUAUCGCUAGAUUAUGCAAUGACUGUUAAUUAUAGAUUGAAACUCUCCUUGGAAGUGUUAAAUUCAAGCGUUCACCGGAUAUGUUAUAGAUCGAAGCAGAUCAACUGACGAAAUGAUGAGAAAACAAAAGAAAAAGAGACGAGAGAGAGAGAGAGAGAGAGAGAAGGAAAAGAUCCCGCAGAGCGGCAGGAUGAUGGAAAUUUGCGCCCAGUGAACCUCGUCCUGGGGCGUUGGAUUAUUUCUCUAUUUUCAUUCUUCGAAGAUACCUAUAGCCUGCACGCGAUCCGGUUUACCUAUCUUCUUCAAUAAAUAUCGGGAUAUGUUGCGAAAAUGUUGAAGCACACCAGCGUAUUCAGCAGAUUUGGCUAGCGAUCGAUCCUAUACUUCUAUGCUUCAUCCUAAUGAACGGCUGUCGUCGAACCGUUAAGCACUCUAUACUGGAGAGAACUAUUACUUCUACUGACAAGUAUUGAUGACCAAAUACCUGAAAGAUAUACGUAUAUAUUUUACGACAAAACAAGACUAUUGAAUCCAGAUUAACUGGAAUCUAACCUACAUACGUAUGCAGAUUCUUGUUUCUGUUACACUUGUUUCAAAAUCUUGUUUACUACACAGAGAAGCGGAAAUUGAUAGCUCAGAACAAGAGAAGAGAGAAAUCGUUCGUCAAGUUUUUCUUUCUAAUAACGACCAACUAGUUUCUAACGUUAAUGAAAUCUCCUUUCGAGGAGAGGUCGCAAGCGACUGACUCGAUUACGAUUGAAAUAAAUGAUGCAGAGAGAAGAAAUUGGAAGAUGAGUCGUUUCACUUGCCAUUGGUGAAUCGAGGGGACCAGGUCACGUGCAAAAGUAAGAAGCUCGGGCAAAACGACAAUAACGGCGUCAAGCUGACGCUUGUUCUUCCACGCGUUUGAGAAAUCGCGAGCGCGAUCGUCGGGAGAAAUCGGGAAUUCAGGUAGUGGCCGGCCGGACAAGAAGAAGCGAGUGUGGCUCGGUCGCUCGCGGGAAAGGCUCGGACAGGGAACGAACGAGUCGAGCGGAGCUGUAAUUUAGAGAAAAACGUUCCCCGCGGAGCCGCAGGGCCCUACUUUUCGUGCGCAGAGACCCGCCUACCUGGCCUCUAUUACCACGUUUGCUUCGGAUAGCGAUGGGCGCAACACGAAUUCGAAUUGUUUUCAGUGCAACACCGAUGCUUCGAUUCGCUUCCAUAGUUACUUCUAACGAAAUAUUAAAAGUUUCAGAUUCUUGUUUUUUUCUUCUUUUUUUUUAAAUGGCAAAAUAUUUUAUAAUUACAUAUUAAUUUCCUUGAGUUAUUACAACUAUGUUGUAAUAAUAUCUACCGACUAUCCAAUAAUAUUUCUACUCAUAAAGAUAUAAUUGUAAUUCAAGUGUCUCGAGAUCAUCAAAUCAAAGUACCUGCAAGAAACCACAACUAGAUUAUCAACAAACUCAGUGA